ACGCCUUCACGCGACUUGACAGCAUCGAGACAGCGCAGAGCUCAGUCGAGCAAAACCGACUUGCACAGGGGGACUAUGGAGAUGACUACCCGGGAGAGCGAGAACGAUUUGGGCGACAGUCCGACCGAGGAGGAGAUGAAAAGCUCUUCCCCUCCGGGAGCGCCUCGGCACCGUCAUCCGUUCAGCGUGGAGGCGAUCAUGUCCGGAAGGACGACGAUGGUGAGACGCGAGGGAGAGCCCGCUCCGUGCAAGGCGGAGGCCGGAUCGGUGGCGGUGGCGCCGAUAUUUGGUUCCACUUCUAUGUGCGGGGAUGCCACCGCCCAGAGCCGGAAGAACUUCCCGGGAGCGUCAUCGUCGCCGGUCAAGUCCGAAACAUCCGAGCCGGAAGACUGGAUGCUCUCCUCUCAGCCUCGUCAAGUCAGUCCCGCCUGCCAGUUGAGGAAACACAAGUCCAACCGUAAGCCGCGCACGCCCUUCACCACGUCCCAGCUUUUGGCUCUGGAGAGGAAGUUCCGGCAGAAGCAGUACCUGUCCAUCGCCGAGCGAGCCGAGUUCUCAUCCUCCCUCACCCUGACCGAGACCCAGGUGAAAAUCUGGUUCCAGAACCGCCGCGCCAAAGCCAAGAGGCUGCAGGAGGCCGAGCUGGAGAAAGUGAAGAUGGUCGCCACGGCCAAAUCGCCGGCAGCGGCGCUGGUUCAGCCCGGCUUCCGGUUGCCACUGACGCUAGGCGCCAUGUCGCUGUACGGACAGUCCGUCUCCGCGUAUCACCACAGAGCCGUGAUGCCCUUUUCGCCGUUAGGACUGUACGCCGCUCCUCUGGGCUAUGGCAUGUACCACUUGUCAUAGGAAUGGGAUUAUCACUGACUUUGAGGAGGACUCAUUAAGGAUGCCGGGCUGACUUUAAACAUGUUUAUAGCCGCACAAGGAGAUCUUUUAUUCUCCCCAUGGUGAGGAUUGUAAAACCGUUUAGACAAGCUUCCUGGUCACAUGAUGUCUCACUCACCAACUCAUGUUUACUACACGCUUGCACUGGACACACAAUUGAUAGCCUAAUGUGCCUUAUGUUCACAAGUGCCUUAACAUAAAAAGUAGUACAGUGAUCCCCUGUUUAUCGCGGGGGAUACAUUCCACAGACCCACCCGCAGGAGGCAAAAGAGCCGCAAUCGAGAGACCAUUUAAAAAAAAAAAAAUUUAAUAUUGUUUUACCCCACUCCCUUUUUAAAAGCAAGCUUUAACUUAUUAAAUCAGAAUUUUUUUCUUUUUUUUUUUUUAUGUAUUCCUGAACACCUGUUUUCACUCUCGCUCACACAGUUCUCUUCAUAAGAGGCAAAGUCUGCCUGCUUCAAGCUGUUCAUUUGUCACUCCCAUUUAAGUAUAUUGGAUUGACAUCCCAUUAACUCGUUUCAGCCCCCACCCCCAAAAAAAAAAAAAAAAAAAAAAAGUUUUGUCAUGUUUUUUAAUAAAGAAAAAUAGCACUCUAUAUUAUCGUAUGUUAUAAAAAAACAUAGAGUAAUUACAUAAAUACAGUUCAAAAGAAUUAGCCACACUUUCUCUUUCAAUGCUGCUCAUUCUAGUGUGUGCACCUUGGCCACCUGGGGACAAUAUAAGACAGACAUACGGAUAACCGGUAAUGGAGACUCAGCUUCUCUCCCGGUUUCUCAGUACAGCAGAAAUAUUAUUCGUUCUUUGCCAAAGAUAAAUAAUAUAUGCUUGUGAGUAUUGGUAUAUGUCCACAUGUGUUCCAGCGCCGUUUGUGUUCAGAUAUCCAUUGCUUAAAGGGUAACAACACCGCCAAAUAGAUGCUAAUUGUUAGCCUGUGUGUCUACGGAGUUUCCCAUUGUACGUUAGCAUUUAGGUAGUGGAGGCUAUGUGGUUGCUUUGAAUACACAAUAUGUAAUUUUCUUGUUUUAUUUGACAGUAACCUUCAUCUGAGAGUGGCAAUAAAUGGCUGGAAGCCUAUUUUUUGAAGACUAAUUACUAAUUCUAUCUGGCGAACUGCUGCUAUACAGCACUCUUAUUUUAAGUUUGCACUUAAAAAGCAAAAAGUCGGCCAAUCGACGUCUCAUAUCUUGAAAAACUCUGAGGUCAUGUCAUUCGUAUGUCAGGGCACCACUUUAUAUCUAAACACCAAAAUGUUUUACCAAACCAUAUGAUUUUUGUACGCUAGUUUAAUGGUAACAUAUAGCGCAAAACACCAUAGACUGGCUAACGGAAACUAACAUACUGUAGAUGUGACGGUAAUUAUAAUCCUUCAAACAACUGCUACUGUAACAUACAUGGAGCAGCAACACAUACAAACAGAUCAUACAGCAAUACCCGCAGGCAAAUCUCUGCUCUAUGGGAAUGACAAUUAUUACUAGAACUGUUUUGGGCACCAACUUGGCCUCUUUUUCUUACGCUGGAUCUCUUUAUGUGUAUCUCAAUGUGGUACUACAGUGAAGGCACACAACUCUUAAUUCAGACUUGCCUGUGUAUUGUAAAAACCCUUACAAAAAACAUCACUUAAAAAGCUGUGUUACAGUGGGGACGUGAACGAUAAACCGCGAUAUAGCGGGGAAACGCUUCAAGACCAAAUAAAACUUCAUGUUAAUAUGCCUGUUUUUAUCCUACUCUUCUCUUCACUAUUCAUCCCAAGCACAGCUAUAUAUGUAAAUCCUUUUACUCUGGCUUUAACCGCCCAAGCAACACGACAUAGUGGCCUUAAACCUAUUUAUUCUCUCUGGAACUGUGGGGAUUGUACAAGUGGCUUUUUAUAUAUUUAUGAUUGUUUGUGAGAACAAUGUAUGAGUGAUAUAUUUGUCUGGUUCUUGAACAUCCCUUUGAAAGGGUCCACAUCAUGCUGUGCGGUUUUUCUACUGCAUGUAUUUUGUACGUAUGUUUUGUUGAAAUGAAUAAAAUCUAGCCUUACAGUG